AGGGGGAGAUAAGAUGGCGGCGGACACGGGGAGUUGGUGCAUGUAUGCAGUGCUGCGAUUUUUUUAUUCACUCUUCUUUCCUGGACUAAUAAUAUGUGGAGUUUUGUGUGUAUAUUUGGUCAUUGGCCUUUGGGUUGUCAGGCGACAUCUACAGAGAAAGAAGAAGUCCAUCUCAACCAGCAAAAGUGGAAAAGAUCCAAUGGUGGUUGCAUUUUUCCAUCCCUACUGUAAUGCAGGCGGCGGAGGAGAGAGGGUUCUGUGGUGUGCUUUGAGAGCCCUGCAGAAAAAGUAUCCUGAAGCAGUUUAUGUUGUGUAUACUGGUGACAUUAAUGUCACUGGUCAACAGAUACUAGACGGUGCUUUCAGAAGGUUUAACAUCAAGUUGGUUCAUCCAGUGCAGUUUGUUUUCUUGAGGAAACGCUACCUUGUGGAAGAUUCCCGCUAUCCUCACUUCACAUUGCUAGGCCAAAGUCUUGGAUCCAUUCUUCUUGGUUGGGAAGCUCUGAUGCAGUGUGUUCCUGAUGUUUACAUCGAUUCAAUGGGCUAUGCCUUCACACUCCCUCUGUUUAAAUACGUGGGAGGUUGCCGAGUUGGAAGCUAUGUUCACUAUCCCACUAUCAGCACUGACAUGCUGUCUGUAGUGAAGAAUCAAAAUCCUGGAUUUAAUAAUGCGGCUUUCAUUAGCAGAAAUGUUCUUCUCAGCAAAGCAAAGCUCAUCUAUUACUAUUUAUUUGCUUUUAUUUAUGGCCUUGUUGGGUCUUGCAGUGACAUAGUCAUGGUUAAUUCUUCUUGGACACUAAACCAUAUUCUCUCACUGUGGAAAGUUGGGCAUUGCACUAACAUUGUUUAUCCACCUUGUGAUGUGCAGACAUUUCUGGACAUCCCUUUACAUGAGAAAAAGGUGACCCCAGGACAUUUACUAGUUUCCAUUGGCCAGUUCAGGCCUGAGAAGAAUCAUGCUUUGCAAAUUAAAGCCUUUGCUAAAUUGCUGAAUGAGAAGGCAGCUGAGUCAGGCCAUUCUCUCAAACUUGUCCUUAUUGGAGGGUGUCGGAACAAAGAUGAUGAGUUUAGAGUAAACCAGCUAAGAAGACUAUCUGAGAAUUUGGGAGUUCAAGAAAAUGUGGAAUUUAAAAUAAACAUUUCAUUCGAUGAAUUGAAGAAUUACUUGUCUGAAGCAACAAUCGGUCUGCAUACCAUGUGGAAUGAGCAUUUUGGGAUUGGAGUUGUCGAGUGUAUGGCAGCUGGCACAAUUAUCCUUGCCCACAAUUCAGGAGGCCCAAAGCUGGACAUUGUCAUUCCGCAUGAAGGACAAAUAACUGGAUUUCUGGCUGAGAGUGAAGAAGGCUAUGCUGAAACCAUGGCUCAUAUUCUUUCUCUGUCUGCAGAAAAGAGACUUGAAAUCAGGAAAAACGCUAGAGCGUCCAUAAGCAGGUUUUCCGACCAGGAGUUUGAAGUAGCCUUCCUGUGCUCCGUGGUGAAGUUACUUACGUAAGCCCAGUCUGCACAUUCUAGGUAUUCUCUGCAACGUGGAGCUGGAGCUGUAGAUAGAGGGAGAGCCUGUGCUUGGUGUGUGCAAGUCCCGAGUUCCAUCUCCAGCAUCAAAAGUAAAAGGAGACUCCUUCACCUGUAAAUAUCUUCUAAAUUUAUUCUUUAUUGUAAUAAAAGCAGCCUGAGCAAUAUUCUCAGCAAUGUGUAUAUACACAAGGCAGUAGUUAACAAAACAGCCGAAUUAAUCUAUAUGGAAAAAGUAAUCUCACUUUUUAUUUAUUUUUAUUUUUAUUUUUGCUUUUUUGAGACAGGGUUUCUCUGUAUAGCCCUGGCUGUUCUAGAACUCACUCUGUAGACCAGGCUGGCCUUGAACUCAUACAGAUCCCGCCCGCCUCUGCCUCCCAAGUGCUGGGCCUAAAGGUGUGCCAACUAUACCCAGCUUCAUGUAGCUUAAUGUACAGAUUUUACUUACUGUUUGGUUUCAAAAUCUGAACAGUACAGAUCUCAAAGAAAAAAAAACUGCCAAUCAAAUAUUCAUAUUCUCAUGCAUCUUUUAAUUGGGUCUUUUCCUUUCCUUGUCUUAAUCCUUGAGUGUUCCUGCUUCCUCUCCCAGAAUGCACUAGUGCAUUGCUGGUGGUGGGACCCAGGGCCUCAUGCAGUCUAGACAAGAACUCUGCCUACUGAGCUGUGUCCCAAAUCCUGCUGCUCAAGUCAUCUUUGCUUGAGAAAACAAAAUAAUACUUUCUGAGUUUCCAAACUGUUUUAUGAUGCUGGAGGACCAUGGAGAGCCUCAGACUGUAGGGAAGAGCACAGACGUGUAUGCUCAUCACCACAGCGCACUGAGCUGAUCUCAGAGACUUCUUCCAGAGGAAAGGGAAGUGCUGAAAGAAACAGCAGUGAAUCAGCUGGCACUCUAAAAUGUAUUCUUAAAAGUUUUGGAUUAAAUUCUGUUUGAGGUGUGGGUUUGGGGUUAGAGAUUGACCCUAGAGCCAUGCUCAUGGUACACAAGUGUUUUAACCCCUGAGCUACUUUACCUCAACCCCAGGAGUCCCGAAAUAACAGCAUGGAUAACCCUUUUAAGUAUACCUACUAAUUUUCUUAAAAGGAAGAAGAAACUUCAAACAGGCAUCUCUAAUCCUAUUCCUAAAGUAUCAGUCAAGAGUUGGGGUGGACUGAUUUCUCCAUGGGUGUGUACAGAUAUGUUGAAGUCAAAACAGGAGGUAAUCUUUCCUAUAACUAGGUUUGUGUGGAAAUUGGGUUUUGUUUAGAACCUACCACAAUUUAUUUGUAUGGGUUUCUCUUAACAGCUCCAUUUAAGGCUAAAAGUCAGCCUCAAUUCAUUCAAGAGAAUAUCAAGCUAAGUUGCUUUUCUGAAACUGAUCAUGUAUUUAUAAUGUAUAUACACACAGAGAGAAAAAAAAUAUAUAUACACACACACAGAGAGAGAGAGGGAGAGAGAGAGAGAGAAAUUAUUUUUCUGUGUAUAAAUACACAGAUAAUUUUAAUGAACUUUUCUCUUCUGGACUGACACAUGAGCCAAAGACCACCUAACCAAAAAAAAAAAAAAAAAACAACAACAACAACAAA